GGACUUCCGGGCUGACAAUCAAGGCCGCACCGGCGACAGAAACUGAAAACCGAACGAUAGCUGCUGUGUUUAUUAAGUUCCAUAUACAGCUACUGGUUACUCUGUUUUGCGUAACCGGUUUGUUAUUUUUGAUUAUGAUUCUUUUGGAAUACACGGGGACAACGUUAUCUGAGGAAUAAGCUGGUCCAUGUUUACAAGAAGAUUCACCAUAUCAUCUAAGAAAUAACUCACACAGUGGAAUCUGCAGAUGCAUUCAUCAGAGAAGAGGGGGCAUAUCAUAGCUUGAAUAACCCAAGAGGAGAGUGCUUCAUCUCCAAAGGAAAAAAGCAAGGGAUAAAGGAGUAAAGGACAAGAGAAGUGAUAGUACACAAAAACAGAUCCACACCCUCAGACUGAGAGUCUGUCCUGCUCUCGCCACUCUUCCUUGUUUGUCACCCUCACUCCUCCAUCAGGAUGAAGCUGAAGGAAGAUGUGCCUCCUCUUUUCCUGCACAUCUUUCGCUCUAUGGUUUGGGUCUACUCUUUCAUCACCUUCAUACCCUGGUACUUCCUGUCCGGAGCAGGGGCCAACCAGGCCCGUGCCAAACGCAUCAAAGCGCGCUCAGUUACCGGGAAUCCAGCAGGGCCUUACCGGGCCAUCAACAGCCAGAAACAGCUUGUUUCAGAGCUCCAUGAUGGAUUGGGAACUCUGGAUAAAGUGUUUGAUUAUGCAGUUAAACACUUUUCUCAGAGAGACUGUCUCGGUACCCGAGAGGUGCUCAGCGAGGAAGAUGAAGUUCAGCCCAAUGGCAAGGUCUUCAAGAAGGUGAUACUGGGUAAUUAUAACUGGCUGUCAUAUGAGGAAACCUUUCUGUUGGCCCAGAGGUUUGGGAGUGGCCUGGCUGCCCUGGGUCAGAAACCUCACUGUAACAUUGCUAUCUUCUGUGAGACUCGUGCCGAAUGGAUCAUAGCAGCACAGGCCUGUUUCAUGUACAACUUCCCAUUGGUGACGCUGUACUCUACUCUGGGAGGGGCAGCAAUAGCCCAUGGUCUCAAUGAAACAGAGGUCACACACAUCAUCACCAGUAAAGAUCUGCUGCAGAGUCGCCUCAAGGACAUUUUGCUGGAGGUUCCUAGGCUGCAGCACAUUAUCAUUGUUGACCAUAAGUCCACCAGCUGGCUUGGCCUGCCCGGAGGCAUUCUGGUCCACAACAUGUCCUCUGUGCAGGAACUGGGAGCAAAAUCUGAGAGCAUGAUGGUGCAGCGGAGGCAGCCCCUUCCCAAAGAUAUCGCUGUGAUCAUGUACACUAGCGGUUCCACAGGCAUCCCCAAAGGAGUCAUGAUCUCUCACAGAAACAUCAUUGCCGGGGUAGCUGGCAUGGCUGAACGUAUCCCGAACCUGAAUGAGAAUGACACCUUUAUUGGCUACUUGCCGCUGGCGCAUGUGUUGGAGCUCAGUGCUGAGCUGGUGUGUGUUUCUCAUGGGUGUCGCAUUGGAUACUCCUCACCGCAGACCCUUUCCGAUCAGUCAACCAAAAUUAAAAAGGGCAGUAAAGGAGAUGCCACUGUCCUGAAACCAACGCUAAUGGCAGCUGUUCCGGAGAUCAUGGACCGUAUCUAUAAGAAUGUGAUGACAAAAGUGGAUGAGAUGAGCAGAGUGCAAAGGACACUCUUUGUGCUGGCCUACAACUACAAGUUUGAGCAGAUCAGUAAAGGAUAUAGCACUCCACUAUGUGACCGUCUGGUUUUCAGCAAAGUGCGUUCAUUGCUGGGUGGGAAUACGCGUGUGUUGCUGUCAGGAGGAGCUCCUCUCUCUGCAGCUACUCAGCGCUUUAUGAACAUCUGUUUCUGCUGCCCAGUGGGACAGGGCUACGGCCUUACAGAGACCUGUGGAGCUGGGACCAUUAGCGAGUUAUAUGACUACAGUACAAGCCGUGUUGGAGCGCCUCUGGUGUGUUCUGAGAUCAUGCUUAAGGACUGGGUAGAAGGCGGAUACUAUAGUACUGACAAGCACACUCCUCGAGGGGAAAUUGUGAUUGGUGGACCAAAUGUUUCUAUGGGUUACUAUAAGAACGAGGCAAAGAACAAGGAAGAUUUUUUUGUGGACAGAAAUGGCCAGCGUUGGUUCUGCACAGGAGACAUUGGAGAGUUCCACCCUGACGGUUGUCUUACGAUCAUUGAUCGUAAAAAGGAUCUGGUGAAACUACAGGCAGGAGAGUAUGUGUCUUUGGGAAAAGUGGAAGCUGCACUGAAAAACUGCCCCCUCAUCGACAACAUAUGUGCUUAUGCUAACAGUGAGGAGUCAUAUGUGAUUGGCUUUGUGGUUCCCAAUCAGAAGCAGCUGCUGGCUCUUGCCAAGCAGAAGCAAGUGAGAGGGUCAUGGGAGGAAAUUUGUAACCACCAUGAUAUGGAGAAGGAGGUGCUGUCUGUCAUUACUGAAGCUGCUGUAAAUGCCAAACUGGAGCGUUUUGAGAUCCCCAAGAAGAUCCGUCUGAGUGCCGAGCCAUGGACUCCGGAGACAGGCCUGGUUACUGAUGCCUUCAAACUCAAACGCAAGGAGCUCAAAAGCCACUACCAGGAAGACAUUGAGAGGAUGUAUGGUGGCAAGUAAAAUAAGAAAGGGUCAGACAGUAGCAAGAAUUGGGAUAAUUCAAAGGAUUUAGGAUGUAACAUGACCGCAAAACCUGUAUAAUAUGACUCCAAAUAUGCAUUCCUAUUUCUUUUGGAUAAACCCCUUAGACCAUAUUCAAGAACAUAUUUACAUUUUUGUAAGGUAUUGGCUAACCAAAACAAAAAUGUUAAGAUGGUCAACAGGCAAAGGUGUCUAAUCAGUAACAAUAAAGCAAUUUUUGACCAGUGUCCUUCUAGUGGACUUCUAGAAGACAUUUGUAUUAUAGACUAAGGCGAUGCCAGGACCUGGCAUGAAUCAUUUCAGGAACUAAUGACUUCACUUUGAAUCUCAGACUUUGAAAUGGAUGAACCAACUCCAGUUAGCCGCAAGGAAAAUGCACAGGAAUUCAUAAUAAUGUAGUCAUAAGACUUGUGAAUUCGUUCCAAUCUGCGAUCGUAAGACUGUUGAUUUGACCGGAACAAGGUAGCAUUAUCUGAGCAGGGAAAAUGUUUUAAACUGUUUAUUUUUCAUGUUGGUUCUGUUCAUUUCUAUUUGGUGAUUAUGUGGCAUCUGUAAAAUGAAGCAUCAAGAGACGUCAAUGUGAAGGUCAAUUACUAUAUCAUAUUCCAUACAUGUCUUUUUUUUUUUUUUUUUUUUUUUUUUUUUUUUUUUUCUCUCUAUAAAUCAAAGCACUCCUCCUUGAUAUUUUUUUUUUGUUUGUUUCAUUGUUUCCUUGCACUUUUCCUAGGUCAUUUCUGUUUUACUUUUAUUCCAGAGCGUGUUACAAAGAAUUACUGGUACUCUGGGAUAAAACAGUCCUGAUGGCGUUAAUAAUAAUAAUAUACUGUAUUCUGCUCCUUGUAUGUAGUGUUCCAUUUUUGCCUUUCAUAUUUUUAAUAGAUUGUGUGAAGCUCUCUACCCAUGUUACUACUUCAGUGGAUUAUCUUAAAGGAAGUGUUUAACUAACAAUACCAAUAUGACUAACCAUGAGUAGUUCUACAAACAAAUCAUUUAAAAACACAUUUAAUUAAAAUAAUCACCAUGAUCACUUUUAUUUGCUAUCCAUAGGCCUAAUGAUUCAUAAAAGAUAUCUGCCAUCAUAUGCUUGUGAUCAUACUCUUGUGAGGCUAUACAGUUACCAUUAAAACCAAUAGCAAGUACUGCAGCUACACAGCAGUUAAAGCAUUUUUUUUAAUUGUGCAGUAUGAUAGAAGCUAAAAUAAAUUAAAUAUAUAAGUAAUCAGUGUUUUUAGAUUUGUUUACACUGCGAGAGCCACUUUUAUUAUAAUUUGGAAGUGACCCCAUCUUAGAAAAUUGUGAGUUAGGGAUCAUUUGAUCUUGAUCUCAGCAGCUGCAAGUGAUCAUUUGCAUUAAUUUUUCUCUAAAUUAGUUAAUCUUUUGUCCUCUGAAGUAACAAUCACUUCAAAUAGCAUAUUCAUCAUUCAAGAAGAGAAAUAUGUAAUCUACACGGUCUUUGUGGCAAAAUAAGUGUUGAAUUGAGAGAAAAUGGCUUCUAUGCAAGCAUUAAAAAAGACGGAUUAAAAAUAAACAAGCAAACAUUUAAACCCCUUUAUUGUUCAGAUUAUGAUUGGGCCGGUUCUGAAAUUGGAUGUGAACACUCCUUUUAGUGAAAAAAGGACCAAGUAAAAGAGAAAUAAUAGAUUGCUUUAAGAUUUCAAUUUCAUUUGUGCCCAGUUUCUGAAGAAUAUGCUUCUUGCUAAUAUAGUUUGGGGUCAUUUUCCCUGAUUUGUAAUGCAUUCUACAGCCUUCUGUUUGUUGUUGCUGACAACAUGUUAGUCACACUGGUAUUUAGGAUAAACAUGACCUUUUAAAAUGGUGUUAACUUUUGUCACUUAUUGGUACUGUUACUUAAGAGAAUCUUAACAUCAUUAACAUAUAAACCAGCAAGAAAAUUUUUCAUUCCACCUCUGAAAGGGGGCUGUGUACAUGUGUUGCGAUGUAUGUGUGUUUUUAUAUUUUCUCUUCAUCCUCCAAAUCAGUCAGGCAUUUGAAUUAAGUCUUGUGUGUGUUUUGCCUCUUACUGAAUUUUAGUCAUCUCUGAUUAUUUACCUAUUGGGAUUCCGAUAAACUUUGUUUCACAGGAUUAGUAAGAAGCAGGCACAGAAUGUGUGUAUGUUUAUAUACACACACACAUUUGUGCAUAUAUAAUAUGACUUUAUUCCAUAUACCUUUAACAACAACAGAAAUGUAUUUGAUUAAUGUUUACAUGAGACAGGUAUGUGCAACAGGUUCAUGCUUUUGCUGAGAUGUUUAAAACAGUGGUUCUCAAACUGGGGGCCCGCAUAGAAAUUCUAGAACAUUUUGUUGUUUAAAUUAAUUGUACCUGUAUGUAAGUCGCGAUUGUGAACCUUUACAUUACGAUAUACAUAUAAAUGAGAAAUAUUAAUAGAUGAAAUCAAUUAUACACAGCACGCUAAUGCCAAGGUUACACUACACGAUUUUAGGCCGACAGUUUUGUGAAGAUCGCCGACAAAAGCCCGAGAUUGUAGGCAAUUCAGAGCUCGCUCCUGUGAGUGUUGAACGCAAUGUAUGAGUUAUCAAAGACGAGAUCUGACAGAAGCACUGAUGCUUCGCCGAUGUCCGCGAGGUACCUAGCAUGUUAAAUACCUGGACCUGUAUGCGAUUCCAAAUUGCGUAACGUGAAAUGUGUUUUGACUGAAUCGAACUGCAGCAUUGACCUACAGCCAAUGAGCACGCAAGGAAUGGGGCACAGCCUGGGAAAAAGUGUAUAGACAGUGUGAAGGGAAUUACACACUGGAUUCGCAAGAUUUACAUCAGUGUCUCUUUUGCCGUUUAACCUUCAGCUUACUAUCCUAUAAACGUUUUUUUUUUUUAACUUUAGAUGUGAUAGCUGGUCCUGAUUUCCACGCACUCUGGCUGUGGAAUUGUGUUGGGAGCAAUCCGCCCACACAUGCCACAACCACACAGAGCCAUGAAAUGACCUGUUUAUUAUUUAGUUAUCAAAAAUGUCUUCAUUUUCUUUUUAAAGGUGACCAUACAUCAAGUAGGUACUUUUAUUCUUUAUGUAGACUAGUGCAAAAAGGCUUUCUUCAGUUUCCUGGUACUUUAUGUUCUCUCAGUGUUCAGAUAAACACUGCAAUUAUCCUUCUCCAUGAAAACACUCAAUACUACAGAAAUUUUAAAAUCCAAGUGCAUAUUUGGGACAGUCUUUAAAAAGUUUAUUUUUGUUAGACGACAUUUGCAGGUUAUUUUUAUAAAGGAUCUGGUGUAAUUCUCCUAUCACUUCUCGCCUGUACUCUGUUGUGAACCGUAAUUUGGAGUCGUGGCAGAGUCAUCAGGGAUUCAUCAUAUGUCUUACAAUGUGUUUACCCGUGUCGCCGUUUGCUCGUGUAAUUUGAAAACCUUAUGACUUCCAUGACAAGACAGACAGUUGUGUGAUACAAAUAGUACCACAACCUGACAUCUUUGAAAAUCGUGUAGUGUGUAGAAGCUAUAAGACACAAACCAAACAGUAUACAGUACUGUUAGAAACAUGUUGAUAAACCUAAGACUAUUUAAAAUGGAUAUGUUUUUAGAUAGAGGACAUAACCUCUUAUCUGAAAAAGUUAAUACAGAGCAGCCUAGUAUGGGGGGGGAAAUAAAUAAAUUGAAAAUUUGACAACACUAGGGGGCCACAAAGGGAUGAACCCUACACAAGGGGGGCCUCACGCUGAAAAAGUUUGAGAACCACUGGUUUAAAAGGCUUUGUUGAAACCAUUAGAUUUUUUUAUAUUGAAUUCUUGUAUCUUGAUAUCAUCAUGGGUCUAGUGGAUAGUUAGUGUCAAAUAAAAAAGUAUAAAAUAAAUGUGCAAUAAAUAGCUACUAUAAUUAUUUCAUUACAUACCCAAAUGCGCAGGAGAACUGACCUUCCAUUUAGAUUUUUCCACACAAAAAAAUCAAUUUCAGUGGAGUUCAGUGAUGACAUUUCAUGAUUCAAAAUACAAUAGAAAUAGAGACAGCCCAUGCUGCAAACAUUUUCAUUAGGAUCUGAGAAUAAAAUGUUUGUUUUUUUUCUUCCUAUAAUGGUUUCUGUGUGAGCAUGAUUAAAUAUGAUAUUCUGGGAUUUAGGUUAUACUAGGUAUGCUAGAUUUGGCCAUAGUUUUUUGUCAUAAUAGUAGCAGUAUUUAUUAAAGGUGAACUUUUAAACAGUGUCUGCGUCCCCAAAACACUAUUGUUUUCAAAGCAUUUCAGUACACAGUUUAAUUCAAGUAAGUGUCUUUUAUAUAUUAUCUGCCUUAUUGUAAGAAAUUCAGCUGUAUAAACAAGUCCAGUGUCCUCUCAAAGAUAUGUACAGCAUGACAACUGGAUUCAUAGAAAGCAUGUGAUUUAGAACUUAACCUAAAAACAAGAACAGUCAUUUUAGUCCCCCACUUUCACUUCCCACUGCACUUAGAGUCCAAUUCAAUGGACUAGACACCACUCGCACUGUAGAUGUAACACACUCUGAUUCUGGAACAUAUAGUGAUUUCUUGGUAGCCUAGGAAGCAAAGUCCUUCAGACUUUUAGGUGGGUUUUCUCCAAUUCAUCUGCAGACUUAAUCCAAAAAGCGAAUGCUCAUGUUUAAACCUAUGAAUCUGGUUUGUAUUUACACAGCAAGCUGAGAUGGUUAAAUCACAUUUGCUUUACAUCUCCUUUUAUUUAUUUAUAUUUAUUAGAAACUGUAUAAUUGUGUUAGACUGUGCAAAAGCAUGUAAAUGUACUCCAGGUCAUGCCUGGAUCCAGAAACCGAAUCCGAUUCCAGGUGUUUACACCUCCAAGGGGAAAAAAAACAUGAAUCCAUUUGAACUGAAAAGCAACACUUGUUAUACACUCCUUUUCUUGCUCCUGUUGUAAAUAGCUAUUCUCUAUCUGUUGCUUUUUCCAUUCCACAAAAAUUAUUUCCAGUGCUAGAUGUAAACAUGUAAUCUGUUUAAUUUUUUUAUAUUGAUCAUUCUUGGGGUCUGAUUCUUGUUGAUGUGAAAGGAAUUACUGUAUAGCAGGUCUCUUGUACUUUUAUUUAUUUGGACUUUUUGCAUUAAAAGUGUGUAUGUGUGUAAGAAUAAAGUUUGUGACUGUUAUAAA